AUGGCACUGCCCAUAAAGGCCGCGGUGCCGACCUCCUUGCUCUCCUCCUUCACUACGAGAGCAUGCUGCCUACAAAGCGCUCUCAAGACACUCUGCUCGCAAGCACAAUCACAGUCGCGAACAUUCUCCUCCUCGAGGCCCACCUUCAACUGGCUCAUGCCCAAAGCUGGAGAGUCUAGCAAAUCACGAAAGGGACGGUGUAAGGUGCCCACAGGUGGCAGUGUGAAAGGGACAACACUGGUGUGGGGAGAAUAUGGCAUCAGACUAAAAGACCACGAUCGUCGUAUCAGCGCGGCACAGUUGAAGAUUGCAGACGAGACUAUCAAGAAGAGAUUGCGAGGCAUGAAAUACCGACUGUACCAUCGGGUAUCAGCGACUAUUGGCGUGUACACGAGUGGUAAUGACCAGCGUAUGGGAAAGGGAAAGGGAUCGUUCGAUCACUGGGCAGCGAGAGUGCCGGUUAGCAGGAUUCUGUUCGAGCUGAAGGGAGAAGUGCACGAGCAGGUGGUGAGGGAUGCAAUGCGGUUGGCAGGGAACAAAUUGCCUGGCUUGUAUGAGUUCGUGAAGAAGGGCGACCCACCUGUGAUGGGUGUUACGAAGCUUGGAAACGGCGUGACAGAGGAGAGCUUGAGGAGGCCAAGAAUGCCACAGCCAAAUCUGCAGACUACUGCUGAGCGACUGCCAGCGUCGACUGCAGUGUAA